UGAGCGGCCCUGGGAUAAGCUUCCAUUGCGUUGUCUGCGGUUCCCCGGGGCAGGAGGAGCACAGGAACAAAGCAUGUGGCAGAGUGUUGGUUUAACGUUUCUGGUCUUCGUGGCCACAUUAAUCUGUGUCCUGCUGUUCAUGCUGUGUGGCUGGUACGUUGUGUGGCAUCUAUUCUUGUCUAAGUUUAAGUUCCUCAGAGAACUUGUUUGUGACAGUGGAUCACUGCAAGGAGAUAGCGAGUCAUCAGAAUCUGUUGCCGAGUCAGAAUCUUCAUCCACACCACAAAGAACCAGACCAAAGACUGCGAGACAGCGGAGAGUCCCAGCAGACGAGGCAACUUAAAGAUUCUCAUCAUCCAUGGACUUUAUCACUGGGAAUCUCUGAUACUAGCAAAUGCACUGAAGGAGGCAACACUUUGACUUUGGGAAUAAACCAGAGCUUAUAUCACAUUGAUCAUCCAAUCUUUUUGUUGAAAUCCUGACAAGCUUCAUCAGUGGGUAGAAAUACUUUAUCGCAUCACCUUAGCCAUGCAGACGAAACGUACAUGCAGCAGUUAUGACUCGGUUUACUGUAUGAACUUGGCUGCUCAAGCUUUAUCUGCUCGACAUAAAUGCUGGAUUCUGUAGUAUAUCAGAGCCUCCAGUAGUACCUUCAGGGUAACGAAUCACCAGCCUAUGACGCCUUGUAAUGAAUUCAUUGAUUGGUUUGUUCUGUCGCCAUGAUGUCGUGUACAACUUAAUUUUACGGCAGCCUCCGCCAUGCAGGUUUACGGUUUUCCUCGCUGCUAUUCCUGCCUUGUUCUUAUAUCAUCUGUCUUGAGCGAAUCACUGUGGGAACAUUUUCAGUCAGGAUGAUCAAACGGCAACGAGUUUUACAAGCAUUAUAAAUACGGAACUGACCCUUUCAUCGUUCCAUAAGAUACAACGUCACCACUGAUCAGCCUCAGAUCUUGAUCCUGGACGUAAGCUUUUCUCUAAUCUCACUGGAUGUUGCACCAUAAUGGGCACAUACAGUACAUGGCCAUCGAGAAGACAAAUUAUAGCUGGUCUAUCAGUGGUACUGAUGCACUAUCUUGUCUUACUGUGAAAUUCUCAUCCACAGUUACAUUGACAGUGUAAUUGUUCCAUUUUUAUGUUUACAUGACAAAAUGUUCCUCUUUCCACACAGAAUUCCAGGCAGUCAUAUCUCCUGUUUGGACGUGCAUAUUGGCAAUAUGAACGCUAUCAAAUGGAUGCCGUCCAUUGAUGGUAGCGCUGUAUAUGGCUUUGCAACUCUUCAUAUCGAUACUUGGUAACGUAAGACACAGGUCUAAGGUCAUAUUUACCCCCCAUACAAAAAAGACAACCCUAGUUCACAUGUCCUGUUAGGGCAUAUGGAUGUCAUCGAUUGUUCCCCUGCUCUGGACAUGCUUCUAUGAUCCAGAAUUGAAAGUUAUUCUGGCGUCUCCCAUUCUGGCAGAUUCAAGUCAACCGUUUAAUACAUCUUGAAUGGCCACCAUGUAAUAUUAGGGGAAAUGCCUGGCUGAUUGUGCCCCCCCCCCCCCCCAAUUAGCUGUUUGCUGGUGGUGCAAGGAGCAAUCAGCUGAGAUGGUUGUUGAUGAUGGGGCAACCCCUUUAGUAGAUAUAUGGGGGUCAUUUAUCAAACUGGUGUAAAAUAGAACUGGCUUAGUUGCCGAUGGCAACCAAUCAGAUUCCACCUUUCUUUUUACAAAGGAG